GAUAUGCUCAAGACUGCCAGGGGACAUUGAAGGGCCUUGCUCAAUCAAUGUGUCUCUCAGAUUUAUCUCAAGACACACUUACAUUUCCUGAUAACACGCGAACGACUUUCUUUUUUCGAUCAUUCGUUUCUUACUUUUCAUUCGUUUCUUCUUCUCGCAUUUCGGCUGUUAUAGGCUCGACAUUUAUUCAAGCAGGGGAUUUUGUGACGUACGGAACUUGAUUGAUAGCUUUUUGGGAUCAAGUGGACUUCUCGACAUUUUACAUUUCUAUAGAAAGUGGGAAAAAAACGCAUCGAUUAAACCCACUGCUGGUGAACCAUGGAAUCUCGGUGCAAAACUUGCAGAGGAACCGGACGGUUGCCAACAUUGAGGGCACGGGCAGGGGAAAGCAUUCAGACGAAUUUCAAUUCUCGUCAGAGCAAAUUCCCUGGUGUAUCUUUCAUCCCGGUGCAUGUCAAAACGAGAAUUCCACGAGAGCAUUUGAUGUUCCACCAUCCAUCGGCCCCUGACCUGACCUAUACGGAAGAUACGACUCGCUUCUUAAAUAAUCAGCAUGCUGAAGUUCUCCGACCAAUGACGCACCAUGUCGCUACGGAAACGAAACAUUUUUGCAAUUCAACUGAGCAAGGCGUUCAGGUGUCACCGAGUCUCGCGGGAAUAGACCCAGUUUCGAAUUUCAAAUGCGGCUUCGAAGUUUCCACCUCCACCACGUCACUUAUGCCGAAAAAUGAUUACCGAGGCGUUACGGUGACGAAAACAGGAGGUGAAGUCAUUCCUAACCAUAGGAAUGAGCAUUUCUAUGGAAAAACGUCUGCACAUUUGACGAAGUUGAAGAUUGGGUGCCGCGAAGCAACAUUGACCAGAGGAGAUUCAGUUGGCGAUAAGGUGUGGUGUGAGCAGAAAAAGGUCGUCACUUUGACCAUGCCUGGAAAACAAAACUGGAUCCUGAAUUUCGUGGACAACACGGCACCGUCAUGUAAUGCCCUCCCGCAAUGGGAAUUUGAAUGCUGCGAUCUUUCGGAAAUCUUUGAUCCACCGCCUUCGUGGUGCCCAGAACCUCCUUCCCCUGCUGAGCCCAUCGAUCCUGAAAUCGGAAGAAAAGACUCGAAUUCUCGGAACAACAGCGAUGAAAUCACCAGUGAUCGGUCCAGCUCGGAAAUUAAAGAUCCCGUAGCAGUGCAGCCGAUCAUCAACAUGUUUUCCGUUGAUAAAAGAUUCUCCGCCGUGCCUACCGGAGAUGAGCCGGAUGUCAGCUGCAGGAAACCGGAAGCUGGUCGUCCACGUCCAAUUCGGUCACAGCCGGAGAUUCAGGCUGAGAACCGUCUCCCCACAAUGGCGGUUUCCUGGAAAUCCCUCUCCAGCCUGUCGAAUAAAUUCUCUACUAGAUGAAUACCCAGCACGCCUAUACCUCGGAACACGGUCGUUUCCCUGGCAAUCCCAAGACACAUACACACACAUAUUUUUCUGCAUGUGUUUCUUUUCAUGAUUCCUGGUGCUGGGUGUUGUUCAGUGCAUAUAGACGUCGAUGAUGUUGAAGCAGGACACGCAGGAAAUACAUCAUGAUCGUGCGUCGCUCACACAAAACCCUCAUCGCCCGAGAAAUGUGAAAAGACUCGCCGUUCCGAAAGUCCCAAAAACGAAGAACUUCCAAGUGGACUGUUCACAUGCUGAAGACAUUAAAUGGUUCUUUCUUCGGCAAUUUUCCAAUGCAGUUUACACUGUACUAUUACAUUAAAGAUGCAAUUUUGAACAAAA